AUGAUGGUGGAAGAUUUCAGCAUCAUAACCAGUCCUGACAGCGUUGUCAAAUACAUAACUUUUAAAGAAGGUCCUACAAAAACGAGGCAAGGAGGUCUCCGGAUCGCCCACAGAGCUGUACAACCCAAAACGUUUUCGACUGGCGGCAAAAGAUGCCCUGUAAGGCUUUUCGAAGAAAUGCUGUCUAGACGACCACCAGAAAUGAGAGACAGUGGGCCAUUCUACUUGACAACUAUUUCAAAACCCAAGGGCCAAGUGUGGUUUAGCAGACAACGAAUAGGUGAGCACAAACUUGGACAGCUUAUGAGAGACAUGGCUGUCAAGUCUGGUUUAACUACUGCCACUGGUAAGAAAAUUACCAAUCGUUCGAGCAGAAAAACUUGUGUGCAAAAGCUAAAGAAUGCUGGUGUCCCGAGGGACAAGAUUAUUGAUGUUACUGGACACCGUAAUAUUCUCAGUCGUAAUUCAUAUGAAGGAGAUGACGAGAAUCAGGCAAGGGAACUGUCAAAUAUAAUCAGUGGAUGCAAGCAAACAAGUGAUAUUCAACAACAACCUGCUAACAGCAGCCCCAAUAAGGAUAGACUACCCCUUCAAGCCAGUUCUUCCAGCAACAGUUUCAGUACCAUCAACAACUUUACAGGUACAGUGAAUUUCUAUGGAGCAUUUCCUGGCUUUCCAGGUCUAUCUAAUAUGCCAGUGCCAACUCACCAAAGCACAGAGCCACGACGUACAUGGAAAAGGAUCAGAGCUUCUGUACUCUCAGACUCCGAUGAGGACUAG